AUGCCUACACAUAUUUUUACGGGAAAAGUAGUUUUGGUGACCGGAAGUAGUUCUGGAAUCGGAGAGGGGAUCACAAAACUGUUCUCUAUAUUAGGGGCCAAUGUUGUGGUCACCGGUAGGAAAGAAGCGGAUGUCCAGAGAGUUGCCAAAGAAGUACAGGAAUUGUCGCCAAAGAAACUAAAACCAUUAGAAGUGGUCGGAGAUCUCACCAAAACUGAAUUUAUUGCUACUUUGAUCGCAAAUACUAUCAAAACAUUUGGAAAGUUAGAUGUAUUGGUGAAUAACGCCGGCAUAUUUACGACGACAAACAUCACUCAAAAAGAUUUAAUGCAAGCCUGGGAUCAGGUCUUCAACACUGAUUUGCGAGCAAUCGUGGAAUUAAUCCACGAAUCGGUUCCACAUUUGGAGAAAACUAACGGCACUAUCAUUGAUAUCUCGAGUGUCGUAGUUUUGGUGACCGGAAGUAGUUCUGGAAUCGGAGAGGGGAUCACAAAACUGUUCUCUAUAUUAGGGGCCAAUGUUGUGGUCACCGGUAGGAAAGAAGCGGAUGUCCAGAGAGUCGCCAAAGAAGUACAGGAAUUGUCGCCAAAGAAACUAAAGCCAUUAGAAGUGGUCGGAGAUCUCACCAAAACUGAAGUCAUCAACACUUUGAUCGCAAAUACUAUCAAAACCUUUGGAAAGUUAGAUGUAUUGGUGAACAACGCCGGCAUAAUGAAGUCCAUAAACAUCACUCAAACAGAUUUAAUGCAAGCCUGGGAUCAGGUCUUCGCCAUAGACUUGAGAGCAGUCGUCGAACUGAUCCACGAAUCGGUUCCACAUUUGGAAAAAACUAACGGCACUAUCAUUGAUAUCUCGAGUGUCGGUGCCAUUGCUCCGUAUGCCCUAAACCUUGCUUAUGGACCGGCAAAAGCCGCCUUAGAUAUGUUGACUCGAGUACUGGCCCUCGAAUUGGGACCGAAAGGCAUUCGUGUGAAUGCAGUGAACCCGGGAACUACACAAACGACAGAUAAGGUGGAUCCUUUAUAUGACUUGAUAAAGAAAAUAACACCAUUGAGACGUGUGGGACAACCAUUAGAUAUCGCCAAAGGGGUGGUAUUCCUGGCCUCAAGUGAUGCCUCAUUCAUAACCGGCGCUAAUCUGGUGGUCGACGGCGGAGUUGUCUAUAAUAUGGGAGCUCUUAAUAUUUAAAAUACUAUAAAUCUAAUUA